UCCACGCCCGUGGUGCUCCAAGUCGAGUCCGCACAUGACUUUGUUCAGUACAUCUUGGACAAGCAUGCACCACCAACAACCCUGGUGGUCUGCUCGUCCAAGGCCGACUUUAUCACCGCAUUGCAGAGCACAGAACUUGAGAGCAGCGUAUGGCAAGUCUCAACACUGCGCAUGCUUUCGACCUCUCGAACGGUCAAGCUCGCAUUCUGCCCGGACAUCACACAUCUACGUGCCUAUCUCGCGUCGCGCUCUACUGACAACAGUACCUCAACCGACACCGGACUUCGACAAAGCAAUGCGAUGCCGAUGCUGGCCCUCCUCGAUCCCAUUCAGCUCCACCGUCCGACCUCUGCCUUCUCAGCUCAAGGUCUGAACAGGUCCUUCGCCAUUGCUGUCGAAGCUGCACGGCACUUGGGCGUCAAGCUCGUGAUGGCGGAGACCGACGCUACUGCUUGGGACGAAGAGCUGUCCAUGCUGAACGUCACCACCAAGCGACUCGGUGAGCUGUCUGUCGGACGGACCGUCAAGGUGCGGGUCGUUGCAGAGCGAUGGUGCACUUUUGAG